UCAACAUAUCUUUCGAAAAUGAACGCGGCGCCUUUGUGAAUAAAUUCCAAAGUCAAAUUUAAAGAGAGGUAAUAUUUUUAAACUUGAAAUAAGGCAGCGAGUUGUCAACUGUAAUUUCCAAAGAAGCAUGUGUGGACAAAGAUGGCUCGCAGCAGUUGGUGUUGCCUUUACAAUUUGUGAAUUCUAUUGGGGCUGUGACGCAGUUCAGUGUAACUCGGAAUGGAAAGAAUGGAAUAAAGCUUGCUUUAAAUUUGUUCCCAAAUAUGUCCCUUUCUCAAUCGCAUCUGCUGCUUGUAAAAAGGACCAAGCAAAUCUGGUGUCAAUUCAUAGCCUUGAAGAAAACGAAUUUGUUCGAACUUUAGCCGGAAACAGCACUGUUUUCAUCGGUCUUACUGACGGUAAAACCGAAGGAGUGUUCGCGUGGAGCGAUGGCAGCACCGUUACAUAUGAGAACUGGGAGGCUGACGAACCUGAUAAUGGCCUUAACAUAAGCGACUGUGUGAUUCUGGAUGGGUUGUCGUCCCGUGGAAAAUGGAAUGACACGCCGUGUAUUAUGUGGUAUGCAUAUGUGUGUAAAUUUAUCCAAGUGCAGCCCUUCAAUGGGAAAGACAAGAGCGUUAUGAAGAGAGAACAAUCCUUCAUCAAUUACGAGUGGAAUGCCCUCAUUAAUCAUGUGCUUUACAAAGAAUUUACGUCAUCUGCCAUUCAUUGUGCUUUUCUUUGCAUGAAUAAUCCAGCAUGCAAAACAAUCAAUCAUAAAUCACAGCAUGCGGAUGGCGAGGGAGAAUGCCAACUUAACAGUGUUACGGCAGAGGAAUUUCCGCUGGAUCUUGUCUAUUCGUCUCAUUCGACUUACAUUGUUCCUAUUGUUCGACCAUAAAACCGACGAGGACCACGUGAUAGACCUAAACAAUCAUACAUUGAUUCCAUUUAACUGGCGAAUACCAGCUUCUCUUAUUAUCGUACUUUGUGUAACAUAAGGGGACUAUCAAUGAUUUCGACCACUCAGUGUUUGGCAUUUCGAAAAAAAUAGUGUGCUGGACGAUUAAAACUGUCAUUGUGGUGCAUUUCUCCGUAAAAAGAUUCAAAUAAGAAAGACAACAACCUUUCGUUACCAUGAAAAUAUCAACAGAGGUGAGUAUAGCAUGGCCUUGUUUGUUCUUGAUAAGGACAAUGACAAUUGUAAUGAAACAAAUCAUAAUAAAGAUAUUUUAA